AUGAUUUCUAACCCUGUUAUUCGUAAAUAAAAAAGUGAAGCGGAACAUUUUUCCUUUGCACGGCCUAUCGUCCAGUAACCCUUUUCACACGUUUUUUCCAAAUAAUUUGUUCACUUACAAUUUAUCCCGGCAAUUAAUUGAAUUUUCGCCAGAUUGACUGGAUUAUUAGUUGAAUUGAUUAAGAUCCAUUUGGUAAAAUCCUACCUAAUAUAAUGAGAUUUUUGCGGUACGCUGCUUCUGAUUGACUCUAUUUAUAUGUCUGUUGCAGAGAAAUGAAUCCGAAGAAAAAUUUAAGAAGCUUCCUCAGUAUGUUGCUGCAUUUGCUGCAACACUAUCAGCCUUGGCAACCGGGGCCGUUCUAGCUUGGACUUCUCCCAUCUUGGACGUUCUAGAAAAUGACUUCAUCCGAACGCACCUAACAGAUGCCCAGAUCGGGUGGAUUGGCUCACUAGUCACUCUAGGUGGCAUGGCGAUGUGCGUACCGACUGGAUUGAUCUGCGAUUUUAUCGGUCGCAAGAAAACGCUUGUGCUCCUUUUCGUACCAUUCACAACUGGCUGGUUUCUGAUUAUAUUUGCCAACAGUGUCAUUAUGUUGUACUUAGGCCGAUUCAUCACUGGCUUAGCAUCAGGUUCUUGCUGCAUUGUUGCGCCACUGUACACUUCUGAAAUAGCACACAAAAGCAUGAGGGGUAGCCUGGGGACUUAUUUCCAGCUUAUGGUAACAAUAGGGAUAUUUUUGACAUAUCUUUUUGGAAAGUAUCUAAACGCUAUCCAUUUCACUAUCGUGUGUGCUUGUAUACCGGCAGUGUUUGUCUUAAUUUUUGCUUUCCAACCUGAGUCGCCUACCUAUUUAAUAAAAAAGGGGAGGUUUGAUGACGCUAAAGUAGCACUGACUCGCUUACGAGGGAAGAGCUACAAUGUAGAUCUGGAGUUAAACCACAUUGAAGGAUUUUUGAAAGAGUUGAGUCAUUCUACGGGUUCCUUUUCUCAGACUAUGAAACAGAAAGCUGUGGUGAAAGCAUUCAUCAUUGCUGUCGCUUUAAUGUUUUAUCAACAGUUCAGUGGAAUCAAUCCAAUUAUUUUAUACACAACAGAAAUAUUCAAAUCUUCAGGUGUGAAUCUGGAUCCACAAUCAGCUGCUAUCAUCAUCGGUGCAUUUCAAGUAGUUGCUACUUUCAUUUCUUCGCUGUUGAUUGAUAGAUCGGGUAGGAAAGUUUUGUUGAUCACAUCGUCUUUUUUAGUCACAUUAACAACAUUUUUGUUGGGUUUGUAUUUUACUUUCAAGACCCGAAUGCAUAUAGAUCAUAAUGUUAUGGAACAACUUGGAAUUUUGCCUGUUGCCGCCUUGUGCAUUUACAUCAUUGCUUAUUCUGUAGGUUUGGGACCGAUUCCAUGGAUAAUUUCCAAUGAAAUAUUUCCGCUUGAAAUAAAAAGUAUCGCAAGCUCAACUGCUGCUACGUUCAAUUGGUUAUCGGCUUUCGUGUUGUUAAAGUUUUACUUGCAACUGACUGAAUUAGUUGGAAGUGACAGCACAUUCUACAUGUUCAGUGGCAUUUCAUUUACUGGAAUAUUAUUUGUUUAUUUCGUUAUCCCUGAAACAAAAGGGAAAACAAUUUCUGAAGUGAAGGAGGCUCUUGAAAACUACUGAACAGCUUAACAUAUCUGUGGUGGCUAUAUCGUAGAAUUGAAUGGUCGCAUUACAUGAAAUGGUCAACUAGAUUUGACCAUAACGUUAAAUCGUCAACGUUUAACGAUUCGGAGAUCCAGGAUUGAUUAUAUCGUAAAAUAGGGUGUCCUUAGAAUACUUAAUAAAGAUGCAGAAUAUGUUAUGAGCUCGUUUAUUUUUCUUCAGGUUCGUCAACCAUUUUGAAUAAAAUUUGUAACUUUAGAAAAUUAAGACGAGAUAAUUGUAUUAAAACAUUCUUAAAUUGAACAAAACGUCUGACAAAUAAAGUUUUUGAUCAUAACAGAUAUCGCAAAUUAAGUUAUUAUAUACCUUACGUGAUCACCCUACUCUGAUUUAUUUGAUGUAUAACCUGAAAAUAAAAAUUUUAUGAAAUGGUCAAUUUUACGAUAUGGCCACGGCAUAACGAAGUCAUGUGGAACAUGAAAUUAUAUGAUCGAUGUAUUGCUUAGAGCUUAGGUCAUCUGCAUGCGGCUUAUUUGAUAUAACUAUCUGAUGCAGUAUUUGUCCUCAAGUAGAAUGCAGUUUACCGGAAAUACAACUUGCUACAAAUGCAAGAAAGUUCGUUUAGGGCCGUAUCGUUAGUUGUUCCUACAAUUGCCUAUGGCCUCCUUGGUUUUCAUAGUUUUUCCAGUCCUUGAGAAAGGCGCCUUUUGUGAGGUUUUGUUGAAAAUAUCUAUUUGCAUCAAAUUGUUCAUGCUUUUGAUUUGUAUCAUCUCUUUUAUCAGCCUGAAAUUUCCUGCAAUUGAAAAAGAAAGCAGAGCCUCACAAUAAGAGAGCGCUGACGCUGACACGGAACAGUAGAAAUUCAGAAAUAUUCGAGCCUUUCUGAAGGAGAGAAAAUACUAUGAAAAUCAAGGAGGCUAUAAAGGCGUCCUACAAUUAUAGGAACGACUGAUGAUGCGGCCCUUAGAAUUAUAGGACAUAAAAUAGAUGUCAAGGCUACAAGAUAUUACCGUAUGUAAUUAUGGUUAGCAGUUUUAAGGUUUUAUACGUUGAUACAAUUAUAAGAGUUUAGUAAAAAAUACGUUAAAUAUUGAAAAUAUAUACAGUUAUGAGUAAGUUCAAAAACAUAUACAUGAAAUGUAGAACACUGCAUGCUUAACUUUAGCCGUUAAUGAUCUAAUAGUGAUUUGCUUUAUUAUAUACAGUGAUUUCCACAAAGGUCCCGCUCUACUUAUUUUUGGGACGGGUCAAGCUAGCAAGAUAAAAUUUGAAAUCGAUGCAUGAAUACUAUAUUUUACCGCAAAACUAACAGCUGAAAAUUCCAUUACUCUAUAAAUAUAAAAGCGAUAUCUUUCAAAAUAGCGGAUCGGCAGCCUGUCAAAUUUCAGUAUUUUUGACUUCUAAUCGCCUACAGCUCAACAACCAAUCAUCAAAACUCUAUAGUAUGUUAAAUCAAACUGUUUUCUACGAAGGAUGUAUUCUAAGAUGCAAUUAAACAUGGAGCAUACUAUUCAAAAAAAUUACAAAGAUUUAUUUCUAUUUUAGACUUAGGCAGACCCUUUCGAAAGAAGAAUACUGAUUCAACAUACUAUAACGUUUUGAUGAUUAUUUGUUCGGAUAUUAGCGAUUCAAUAUACAAAAUCGCUCAACUUUGACAGCCUGCUAGUUCACCGUUUUGAAAGUUGCUGAAAAGUUUAUUCUAAGAUUAUAAAUACAACCCUUUUCCAUUAAACUGCAAUGUGUGGACAUUAUAUAACUGACUGAUUUGUUUCUCAAUAUCUUUCAAACUGAGAGAUGUAUGAAAAUGAUAUUAUAUAAUGGAAGCCGCGAAAACCAGAACCCUCUGGUUUACGAUUUCCAUAACUUUUUGGUGGGUUUCGGAAUGAAUAUUUUAAAUAGUUUUCUGAGUUUUCCCAUUAAACCACUCUAUAUUGCUUGGAGGGUUGGCAUAAACCUUAUCUUUUAGAAACUUCAACAGCAUGACGUCGUAGGCCAUUAUUUAUGGUGAUCUUAGGGGCACCUCGUGUAAUGGGAAAUCAAUCGCCCUGAACAUAUUCAUCAAAGAACACUUCUGACAGCCAUGGAGCUUUGUAUCAUAUGGUGAUAAUGUUCGCGACCGACACGGGAACUACCUUCAGCGUGUCAUCGGACUUUAUUUUUUUGAAGACGCUGGCUACAUGGAGUUUUCUUAGGGUCACUGGUGAGGGUCACCGCGAUGUGGUACAAAACUUCUAAAAGUCGUUAUUUAGCCUGCCAAAAAUGUGAUUCCAGUAGGACGGAGCAUGUCACGCACCUGGAGAAACAUCUAUGUCUUAUAAAGAAGUGAUGAAAAGAGAUCUCAGGUUUGCGAGGCGUCUAGAGUUGAGCAUUUAUGUGUUAUGAUUUUCCAUGCAUAAUAAUCAACUUUCAAUAGCAGAUAAGAAAAAAUGGUCCUACUUUAUUUCAUUUUUAAUGAUUUUUGAAUAGUUUUUUUGUAAUCACAUAAUGGUGUAUUUGAUCUAGAGCUAUCAGUCGUGUCUGUCAAAAGUACCAAGAAUUGUUCUAAAUUAACGCUGGAUGCAAUGCAUUUGUCGUGACCAUAUUGUAAAAUUGAUCUUUCCAUGAAACGAGUCAUCUAUUGGCCAGAUCAUGAUGUGCUUCGACCAACCAAAUCAAUGAUAAAUCAUUUAACGAUAUCAUCAACUAAACGCGCAACUACUUCAUGAAGUGGUCAUAUACAGUCUGGCGGAGAAUUGGACAUGUAAUGGUACAUGGCAAGUCUAGAGAGUUAAAAGUGAAUGAAUAUAGGCCCUGUCCAAUACAUUGCUGUUCCAUACUUUGAAACAAUUUAAGGAAGUCUAGAGAAAUGUACAUCAUAAAAUGCUCAAACGCAUAGAAAAGGUUAGGCUAUAUGAAACAAAAAGUUAUUGUUUCAGUAACGAUCAAAUAGUUUUGUAUGAAAUAUAAAAUAAUUUUGAUCUGCUCAAUUAGUAAAUCGAACGAUAAAUUGAGAACGCAUCAUAGGUUAAUGUCCUUCGACGCAACGCUAAACGCUGCUGGAAGGUUAUUAGACAUGAUAAUAUCCACAUAAGCUGGUACAAAACUAUGCUAGUUAUUAUAUAGUCAGUACAAAAUAGGGGAAGGCUUUCUCUUAAAUAAAUAAGACUAUUAGGCCGGUAUUAGAUGGUCAUUUGCUGCGAUUAAAUUUUGCUUCAAAUGGUCAGCGCAGCGAACGAUUGUUUUCCAUCGGCUGUCGGUAAAACAGAAAAGAUGAAAAGGAAAUCCGGUUUGCGAAUGCCGGCGAACGUUGUCAGGCAUUCACAUGUCGCAGUGUCGAAAAUAAUUUGCAGUACUUCGCUACAGUUUGGGAACAGUUAAUUUCGUCUUCGUUUGUGAAGCAAAAAAUAUGAGCGAAAAUCAGUUAAUAGUGGCGUGUGCCUCCUACAUCAUUAUCAAUAAUUAUUUAUAUUAUAAAGCGUCGAAAAGAAAAAACGAAGAGAAAACAGAGACUUGUUUGGAUGAGUAGAAGUAAAUAUGAUGAUAUGAGCUUACUAGCUGAUUUACGUUUUUUAACGACUUUAGUCUCGAGAAGUAUAAUAAUAAUAAUGUACAUGGACCUGCAACAUCUAGUGUAUUAUUGAAAUAUGAAUAGAGAUACAACUAGUCAACAAAUUAUUUGAUCACAUUCACUAUUAAUUUAUAUACAUCUGGUCUUGCCAAAGAAAAAAUCCAUUCUUUUAACUUUUUCUUGAAUUCAUUCCCAAAGCAUAGAUCCUUUAUAUCGUCAGGUAAAUGUAUAUAUAUAAUUUUGGACCUAAAUGAAGGUAUAAUCGUUGCGGUAUAGAUUUAUUUGGUCUAGGUACAACUGUUCCUCUUAGUUUAUGCCUUGUGUGGUGGUUAUGUUUAAUUUUUUGGCCGUUAUUGAUGAAUUUGUGAUAGUUGGUUAUAGCAUGUAAGAGAUAAAGCUGUUUUAAGUCAUGUACAUGUGUAUCUUUGUAUAAGAUACAAGAUUGGAUACAAUUUUGGUUUGUUGAACAUUGUUUUUAAAAUCGUUUUUUGAAAAAUAUCCAAAUCAUGAAUAUGAGUUCAAUAUGUAGCUCUCCAUGCUAAUAUAUAGUAGGUUAAAUGCGGCUCCAUCAAGAUAUGGUAUAAGGUAUAGAGAUAUUUUUCUUUUAAAAUGUUUUUGAUAUAUUUAAUUUCAUACGAUACAUAUCUAACUUUGUUUUAGAGUAAUUAGUGCUCAAUUUUCUGUUAUUAGACCACUGGAUAAUUUUGACUAAAUCAUUGUCAACCUUUUCAAAUUAAACCAAUUAUCUCCCUUAUAAAAAGACUGCUGUGUUAUCUGCGAAACUUACUAUUUUGCCAGCACAGUCAAUUUGAAAUAUAUCAUUUAAGUAUAUAUUAAAAAGCAUUUUGAUACCUAAACGGAUUGCUGUCUGUUGGAUAAGUAAUUUUCUAGCAAUGCGUACAUCUUUCCGCGAAAGCCAUCUCUCUCUAAUGUGUCUAACAAUAAUUUAUGGUUUACCGUGUCGAAAGCUUUUCUUAGAUCAACAAAAAAACAAAUACAUGGAAUUUUGUUAUCAAGAUUUUGGUGUAUUUGAUUAACAACGUCUAAUAUUGCGUCUGAUGUAGACUUCCCUUCCGUAAAUCUUUUAUAUUUAGUGAGAAAGCAUUCUAGCAGAUAUUAUUUUUUCAUAUAUUUUUGCCAUAUUAGAAAUCACUGAUAUAGGUCUGUAAUUGUUAAUAUCUGUCCGAUCUCCUGAUUUAUAUAUUGGUGUUACGAUACCUUUUUUUGAAAACGGAAGGGUAUAUACCAGAUUCAAAACAUAGAUUAAUUAUAUAUGUCAAUGGUUCUGCUAUAUCCUCGCCUAUAAUUUUCAGAUGCUCUCUUUUAGUAUUAUCAAAUCCUGGGCUUUUGCGAUUUUCAUGGACAUAACUGUAGUUUAUAUUUCACGUGGUUCUACCCUAUUUUUAAAAUAAAUGAAUUUAGCAAUCUUUUUGGGACUUGUGUUGGUAUGUCUUUUGGCAACUGAUUUGCUAAAUCUUCACCUAUAUUGGAAGAAAAUCUUAUAAAUUCAUUACAGAUUUUUUGGGUAUCCUUAAUAGUAGACCAGUCUUCUGUUAUCAUUUUUACUAUUAUCUAAUUUUCUUAAAAAGUGCGCACUUUUUGUCUCCCUAGUAAGCUCUAUAAAUUUAUUUUUAUAUUCAUUGUAACGUUCGACGUUCUCUUUUGUUGGCGCUAAUUCCAUUACGUUGUAAAGGCUAUCCUUCUUAUUUGACGAUUUUAUAUUAGUAUAUUAGUAAUCCAGGAACUUCCACCUCGCUGUUUGCGAAUAAUUUUUACUUUGUUGGUACUGAUGUCUAUCAAUCUUUUAAUCUCCUUUAAGAAUAUUCUCACAGCUUCAUCUGCAUUGCUACUAGCAUAUAAUUGUUCCCAUGUUUCCUGUCUUGUGUUGGACAUUAAUUUUGAAUUAUCAAUAAAUAAACUAUAAUUUUCUUAGCAUUCGUUAUUUUUUUGAGGGAUAGGGGUGCAUGGAUCAUUUUCAUAUGACAUUAGUAAAACAAUACAAUAAUGGCCAGUAAUAUCACUUUCAAAGAUAACAGGGGUAAAAAUAAAUUUAUUCGAAAGGUCUUUGAUAAAACAACGAUCGAUACAUGUAUUACUGAUGGCUCUUGUUGGCUGAUUAAUAUACGAUAAAAAUCCGUUGUUGGAUAGAAUGUUUAGGUACUCGUUUGAAAUUUGGUUGUCUUCUUAAAUGUUUAUAUUAAUAUCACCUAAGAAAAUAUGAUGUUUUAAAUCAGUGCUAUUUUGAUUUUCAAGUAACGUUUCAAUAUUCCUUAUAAAUGCGCGAGGUUCUGUACACGGUAUUCGAUACACUGCAGUGAUUUGAAUUUUGUUUUGAGCUAUCUGAACAAAAAUGUUUAAAGCUUUAAUUUCAUUGGUGAAACCAAAUGUAUCAUGACUACAUAGGAUAGUAUCUCCUACAUAAGCUGUCACUCCAUCCUUUUGAUUAUAAGCACCACAGUGGUACAGCAUAUCAUAUCCCUGUAUAUUGAAUAAAGAAGUAUCAGGCACUUGCCACGUUUAUGUAAGAACUAUUAUGUUAAAAUCACAUUGAAUCCUGUUCAGAAGUAUUUGUGAAUAAUCUAUAUUAUGUUUUAUGCUUCUUAUAUUUAUAUGGUGAAUUUUCAACGUUAAAUUAGAAUUUUGAGUAUAUGAUUCAAGUUCAUCAAUGUCUUGAGCUAUAUUUGUUUGGAUACUUGGAACUUGGAAAUCAUUUAUAUAUGUUCUUGGAAAUAUUUGUACGAUGGACAAUGUUUUUCCGAAUGCAAGUGCUUAAUAUUAAAUUUUUGUGAUAUCUCUCAUUACUAUAUUUACAGUUGCAGCGUCCUAAUGAUUCAUGCUUACAUUGUUCUUCUCCAUGUUUGAUACCACAGGUUUCACACAUUUUCUUGUUUCGGCAGUUUCUCUCCGAGUGGUUAAAGCGGAAGCAUCUUCUACAUUGUGAAAUAUUGUUGUUCUCAUAUGCAGUAAGACAUUGCCAUCCCAGCAGUAUUCUUCUGUUGUUGUCCUUGAAGAUAUUUCUAAAUGCCUUCCUCAUAUAUUGUGCAAAUAUUUUUCGAUGGAAAGUGUUUGACGAAUUUCACUUCAAUGUCGCCACUUUGAAACAUGAUUUUGAUUUAUUAAAUGUUCUUCAAUUUGUUUUUCAUUCGGCUUCUCAUUGCUUCUAUAAUUUACUAUUUUAAUUUUUGGAUCAACCAUUUUUAGCUCUAAUAUUUGAUAUGCAGAGCUAUAUGUGAACUAUUAAAGGAUUUUAUAGGGGUGAGUAGUAGAACAACAUAUUUUUCAGUAGAACAUUUUAGUUUAUUAACAUGGAAAAUACUGUCAACACAGAGUAAAGGUUAAUUAGAAUACGUGAAUAGAAUGAGGCGUCUGGGACUCAUACGAGUGAUAAAAUGCAUCUGAACAAGGGCGUCCGCGUCCAAGGUCAAAGAUGAGAAGUCACUUCAGAGAUAAAACAUUGUAAUAAUUGAAAAACAAAAUAAACAAUUGAAAUUAAUAAACAUAUUUAGCUAUAAAAAAUAAACUUCAUCAUUAUUUAAAGUAACAAUUAUAGAAUAUAAAAAACACAAAAACAGUACUAAGCUAAUGACCAAUUUUAAAAUAAACUUCCACAGUGCAUGUUGUUACCGGCAACGUUAAUCCUAUUUUAAUGGCUAAGCCAACAGCAGGUAACAUAGUGUCUUUUAAACGAUCACAGUAUAAUAUUUCUUUGUAUUCUUUAUUGUUGCUUUGCCUGUUCUUCCACAAUUCGUACCAAGUCUCCCCUUCAUUAACCAAAUUCUCAAUCUCGUAUUUCCUUCAAUAACUUUGAAAAUGUUCUGUAGUCAUAUUUUUUCAUAUUAUUUGGAUGGAGAUCCAAUAGUGAAAAGCUUAUUUUAUUUUCAUCCGAAAAACGACACUUUAAGGAUUAAAAUGACCGAGUCUAAAUACGGGAUUAAUAUCGAACGGCAAAAAUAUUCAUGGGAGUUCUUAAAAGGUGGAUUACUUCUAUGAAUAUGCCUUUUCGCGAUUCUGGGGGGUUUAAUAUUAACAUCCAGUUCUUUUCCUAUUUCUUGAGCUCGCUGCAUUGUUUCGUUCAUACGUUCCAUAGCAUUUUCUCGAUGCUGUUCAAAAAUAAUAUUAAUUUCAUCUAUGGGCUUUUUCAUGUUCAGUAAGUCAAAUUGUUUGCCUUGUAAUAUUUGCGGAAUAGGUUCCAGCUUGGAAGAAUAUUUUGCCAUUAUUAUUAAGCAUACAAUAAAAAUAGGCUUAGAUGCAGCACUCUGUAAUUGAUUUGCAGACUGUUUCAUGGAAGUGGAAUUAGCUUCCAUAUAUAAUUGCUCCAAGCUGUUAACAAUCGUAAGAAAAUGUUCAUAGAACACUCUUAUGGAUUUAUACUUUUCUGUGCACCUUGUUUCGCAAAGCAAAGGGACGUUGGGGACAAGACGUCUUCUAAGAGGACUUGUUCGAAAAAAAUUUAUGAUUUCUUUAAUUGUUCCGACUGUAUUUUGAAUCUCGCUUAACUUGUUGAUAUCAUUAAUAACAAGGUUCAAUUUGUGUGAGGCACAGUGAACAAAAUCUGCUUUUGGAAAUGAUUUUUUUAUAAUGGCUUGAACACCUCCUUCUAUGCCUGCCAUAGCUGAGCAGCCAUCAUAAGUUUGCUUAAAUCUAAGCCAAGAUCUUUUAAUGCCUCAGUAAUUAUACUAGCAAUACUAUUUGCAGUAAGGUCAGUAAGAGGAUGAAUGAAUUUUUCUCUUACACAAAUUUCUUUAGUUUGACGAUUUUCUUCAAUAAAUCUAAUUCCCAGAGACAACUGCUCCCUCCCUGCAAUAUCUGCUGUUUCAUCUGCAAGAACUGCAUAGGCUGGUGCUUUUUUAAUGUCAUUUAUGAUCAAAUCAAUAACUUCUUUACCGCAACAAAUAAUUAUUUCGUUUUGCGUACGCACGGAAAUAUAUUUUGCAUUUUAGGGAGCCGUUUUUAAAUGAUUUCCCAAAAUUUUAUCUCCACUUUCAAUCCGAAAUUGUAAGAGUUCAUGGAAAUUUCCAGAGAAUGAAUUACUUCCUCUUAAUGCUAAGUCUUGCAUACCACAAAGAACAACUGUUGCUACUAUGGAGUAAAGUUUCUUUCUAUUGGCUUCGACUAGCUCCCGAUGCUUCGUAUUUACCUGCUCAAAUACUGUCGGCUUUGUAUUUGUCACAGUAUUAAUAAAAUUUGUAGCUCAUUGCGUUGAUCCACGAUGCCAUUUUGAACCCAUAUGUGCUUUCGCGCUAGCAUGAAAAUCUUUAAAUUUCCUAAAACCCUUAGUUAUAAAUGCCCCUUGGAGUCCUCUCGAAAUAUGUGGACGAAAUAAUACACAAGAACGACAUAACGCUCCUUUCAAAGAUUUGGAAUAGACGAGCCAUGAUGAAUAGUUGUUAUCAUUUAGCCACUCUCGCUUGAACGGUCUAGGGAGACCUACAGAUUGAGCAUCUUUUUUAAGUCAUAGAAGUUGUCUGGUGUCCAAGGUUCUUGCAGUAGUUUUAAUUUAAUGUUAUUUGUUGAUAAAUUUCAUCAAUAUAAUUACCAAGAUCAUAAUAUUCUUCAAUAAACUCUUCAUUUUCAGAAGAAACGAAGUUUGCUUUAGAAGUUGAAGCUACGCUGGCAGAAAAACUUGUUGGUACAUGUGUAUCUUGAGCAACUUUUUGUGUUUCAAGUACAGCAUCUUCUUCUUCUUUUUCAAUUUUGGGUUUCUUGAAAAAAUUGCGGUGUCGCUGCUCCUAUAAGAAUGCACAAAUAAGCCGACUAUUUGAUGUCAAGUACAUUAUUAAAUAGGAAUACCUAUAUGUGCUAUGUAGAUCAGUACACUCCUACUUAUUAGAGCUCUUUUUCGAAAAUCAUGAAAAAACUAAGAAAUUUUUUUAACUGUUAUAAUAAUGGAUUAAUAUUUUGAAUUAUACAAGACUUCUUAUUCAAAAAACCUUGUCCCCGAUGUUUAUCUUUUAGGCGUCCCAUUAUACUGAAUGAUGUUAUACUACACUUACAUACAAUUAGGUAAUCAUAAACAUUGAAGAUAUUGAGAUAUUGGUAAUUUAAUUUUCCAAAUAAUUAU